AGUCUACAUGUUUAGAUGUGUGUGAGCACCUGACAAUUUAAUAAAGUUGUUUAUGCAUAUAAUCUACUGACAUGUCUCGUACCCAUUGCUCAGAUUCUCAGGAAAAAGGCAUCAACACAUCCUGCUGGAAAAUGACCAAAAGGAAUUUCUUUCUUCUGAUUAUUCUGGGCUUUUGUACCAUGUGGCAGAAAGCAGAUGCUCAGAUCACGUUAGAUAAACCUGUACUCAGUGGUCCUUCGAUUAGUCUUGUGGGUUUCAUUGAGGAAUUUUACUGCAAACUGGACAACAUCCAAUCAGACGAGAUAAUUCUGUAUGAGAUUUUUAUGGAACAUAAUUUAAAUAAGCCUAUAGGGGACUACAGCGCUCAUGAUAAAGAGAAAGCCACAUUCAAUAUUGUGACUAAGAUUUCUCAUGAUGGAAGGUUCAUAUGCAAGGCCAGCGUACAAAACAACAUCGAGAUCAAUCCCACCUUCAGUGCCUGGAAGAUUUUCCAAGUAGUUGUGCCUGUAAAAGGUGCAAAGAUCAUAUCAAGAACUUUUUCGGAAGAUUUCUGGGAAGGAGACAGCUUGACUCUGGAGUGUAAUAUAACUGAAGGGACUUAUGUAACAUAUGACUGGUUCCUGAAUAAUAUACUGCUCCACAGUGACAGCUCUAACAACCAGCUGACUAUUCCAACCCUUUCCAGCCGGGACAGCGGACAAUAUGUCUGUGUUGCUAAAAACUACUUUAAUGAGACAACUUAUUUCACCAACAAGAGUGAAGGAAGAAAUGUUCUUGUUAAAGAGUUCGUGUCAAAGCCUGAAAUCUCACUUAAGGUUGUCAAAGAUGCAGAGGGAAACCUCAUUGCCUCUGUGAAAUGCCAGGUGGAAAAAGGAUCCCUGCCCAUAAACUUCACCCUUAUUAAAGACAAUCACAAAUUUGCUGAAGACAUCACUCAAUACCACAACGGCGUGUUUUUCGUGCCCAUUAACCUGGUCAAAGACAAGGGCUUGGUCUAUUGCGAAGCGAGUAAUGGGAAAACACCAGUGCAGAGCGGAGAUCUGAACCUCAAAGUGGGCUUUUGUGCCAUGUGGCAGGAGUCAGAUGCUCAGAUCACGUUAGAUAAACCUGUACUCAGCGGUCCUUCGAGUAGUCUUGUGGGCUCCAUUGAGGAAUUUUACUGCAAACUGGACAACAUCCAAACAAACCUGACAAUUUUGUAUCAGUUUUUUAGAGAACAUAAUUUAAAUAAGCCUAUAGGGGAAUACAGCGCUCAUGAUAAAGAGAAAGCCACAUUCAUUAUUAUGACUAAACCUUCUCAUGAUGGAAGGUUCAUAUGCAAGGCCAGUGGACAAAACCACACCGAGAUCAAUUCCACUUUCAGUGCCUGGAAGAUUUUCCAAGUAGUUGUGCCUGUAAAAGGUGCAAAGAUCAUAUCAAGAACUUUUUCGGAAGAUUUCUGGGAAGGAGACAGCUUGACUCUGGAGUGUAAUAUAACUGAAGGGACUUAUGUAACAUAUGACUGGUUCCUGAAUAAUAUACUGCUCCACAGUGACAGCUCUAACAACCAGCUGACUAUUCCAACCCUUUCCAGCCGGGACAGCGGACAAUAUGUCUGUGUUGCUAAAAACUACUUUAAUGAGAAAACAUAUUUCACCAGUAAGAGUGAAGGAAUGAACGUUCGUGUUAACCCUUAGAUCUCGAGCAGCACAUGAAAAAAAAAAAGAUAUAAA